UCCUUUGCCAUCGACCCACGGAUACUCACAGACAGCCUACUACGGAUUCGGACUAACUAAAUAACGGGAAUAUGUCACCACCCGGGACAGGGCAACCAGAAGAACAAGGAAGAGUUGCCCCCAUACUGAGUUUAACAGAGCUGUCGAGGAAGAGGAGGAGGAGGAAGGCUGUGUGGCUGGUGCUAGGGUUGCUGUGUCUGUCUCUGGUUACCGUGGUGCUCGGUACCUACUGCACCACACGGACCGAGAGCAUCAGCAUCACUGGCUACAUGUCAGGAAUCAUUUUGGCUUUUGGAUCAUUCCUUGGGAUUCUUGGACUGCACCUGGAGGAAAACCGAAAACAACUGCUGGUGUCCUCCAUCGUUUUCCUCAGUUUCGGCAUCAUGGCCUCUUUUAUGUCUGUGGUGGUGGAUGGAGUCUUCAUCCUUCUCACUGUGGACAUACGGCCACUGAAAGCGGGGAGGUGUCAGUUCUACACCAGUGGCAGCAGUUACAUCUACGAGAACUACUAUGCAGAGGUGCCCUGUCAGGGACUGAAGGAGACGUGCAGCAUGAGGGUACGCAGUGGCACCUGCUACUGCUGUGAUCUCUACGACUGCGCCAAUGGCGGUUACCUGAAUACCUACUACGAGUUUGUGGGGGUGCAGAGCUGCCAGGACGUGCUGUCCCUGUACGUCUGCAUGUGGCUGCUGACCUGUCUCAACGUGCUAGCCUUCGUGCUAGCCAUCAUGGCCACCGCCGUCCUGGGAAGCAUCAAGGACCUGAAGAACACCAUGAUGAGCUCCGAGCUGGCCAAAGGGGGGUGGCCUCUUGCUGGAGCCGGAGCUGGCUAUCUCGGAGAGCCCGUUUCCCACCCCUCCGCUCCUCUGCUGGGGGACCAAAGCUUGCAGCCUGGGGGUCAACUCUACCCGAGAGCCUCUUUGCUCAGAAUGGCAGCAGCCGGUUCGUCCAGUGAUCCUGCUGGAAGUCCUCAGUGCGAGAUCAACCCCCCGCCAUUCGCACCACUCUACAACUUGCUGCCUCACAGACUGCAAGGCUAUGCUGCCUAGUGACAUGCCAUGGCACACAACCAGCCACUCCUACAACCCUUCUCCUAUCCAGCGAGGAACAGAUUUGGUUUAUGUGUCAAUGUUUAAGUUGGUUUCCAGGAGGAGAUCUAUCGAUUGCUUUUUUGUUGUUGUUGUUGUCUGUGUUGUAAAAUCAGUGUUAAAUUGAACUCUGCUUUUGCCAUUUGUGAUUAUAUUGUUCAAAUUGUUUUUCAGUUUGUACAGUCUUUGAUUAUGACUGAGGCGUGAUUUGCAUUCACACGUUGUUAUAGACUGUGUAAUUCUUUGUGUAAUUACGUACAGUAUUAUUUCAUGCAGGAUGGGUCAUAAAUAAUUGGCAUCGUGGUUGAAACAAGGUCAAACCUGUAUCAAUAGUUGCCUCCAAGACUUGCAGCCAGUGUUCUUUGGAGUAGAGAUGCUUAACUUUUAACCACUUCGCUAGUGGAAUGUCAGACAUAUACCCUUUCAAAACACCAGCUGAAAAACAAACUAUGAAGGGGAAGUUGUAACCCAAUUUAUUUCAAAAUUAGUGCACUUUAAGGAGGGAAUGAAAUGUGAAACAAAAGGAUGUAUUUUGAGGUCUCGGUCUCUAUGCCUCCAUGCAUAGUAUAGCUAUAAUAGUUUUGUACAAAGCUAAAACAUUCCAUAGAUCAGUCAGAGAGAGUAGAGAGAGAGUGGUUCCGUUGGCUCAUUGUUUCCAGGUUCUACUGUCGCAAGGGGGAGGGGGUUGCCUGGUUAACACCAGACCUAAUCACAAGUGAGAUUAUGUCUUUCAGAUCGAAACGAUUGUGUAGAACUAAAGGCAGUAUGGGAGUUCCCAUGCAGGGGGGGGGGGGGGGGGGGUCCCCCUUUAGGCAGACCUAAAGACUGUUCUAUUCAUUGUAGCAGUAUUAUGACACGCCCCUUUAGGCAGACCGGAACCUGGUCACAUUAGGUACCAUUAGCAACCUAUUACAUUGGCAUAUCUCUAUAUACUUAAAGAAUCUCUGGAUCAGUGGUUCUCAAACUGGGGGUUGGGACCCCUCACAGGGAGCAGGGGCUGUUCGCAGCAAACAUUGAAUACUGUAUAUGCGUUCAUGUGAUGUAACCCUUCCAUAAAUUGGUUAAUUAACACUAUUCACUUGCACGGUGGUCAAGAAAUGUAUUGACUUUUGGCAAAAAAUAUUCUUUGUUCCAAAAGGGGGGUCCCAGCCGAAUAGGUUUGGGAACCACUGCCAUAGCUCAUCACUAACACCAACUGUGUAGAGACGAAAAGGUUAUUGCCAUGAGGAUUAAACCAAUUUCCUGCCGUAGAUUUCGCAAAGUCUGACGUACCUCUGAAAGACCUUUCUUUUUCUGUGUGUAAACAGUGUUCAAUUGCUGACAGUAAUGUCAGCACUUGUUUCACCUCAGUAACAGGUGUGCUCCAGGAGAUUUGAGUACAGACUGUUUUAUGAUAUGAUUUCACUUGUGUGCACUAAAGAUUUUUGUCCUGCUCUCUUUAUGAUUGAAGUAGAGGAUUGGUGUUUUUCGGAGAUUCUUUGUUUUAUGUUUCAGAGGUUUGAUUGAAGGCCAUGUUUUGACAUGACGGUGAAGGACCUUUGCGUGGCUUGAAAAGUGUUUAUCUGUAAAUGUCUGUACAUGAAAUGUAAAUAGAAGUCUUUGUUAUGGUAAAUAUUUCUUUUAUGAUGUUUUUACCGAGGCUUUUAGUAGAGUGUGAGCAGAAGAAGAAAUAUUUUUUGUCUAAAUCGAUUUUUCUUAAACACUUGUUUGUUUAAUUCCAAGUUUCUGACAUUUUUAUACCAAUAUUGAAACUAUAUUUGCCAGUAAACCUUUAAGGCCAUGACUUGUCU